AUUUUACGAUAACAUCAUAGAUGUAGAGAAAACAUGACAGGAUGUCCCACUCAGACGUGCUGGAACUUUUACGAAAAAAUACAGAUUUAGAGUAUGUCAAAGAAACAAACAAAGUAAGAUGCAAGCUAUCUGGUCAUGAAAUGCCUUACAAGUCUGCCAUCAUCAAGAGCUAUUUACAAGGCAAGAAGUAUCAGAAAUUAUGCGAGAAAAAGGAGUUUGAUUGGUCAGAUUAUAAACAGCACCUUGUGCAAAGCAACAAGAAACAUCAUGAGAAACAGUUGUUCUGCAAGUUAACAUGGCGUCACCUGAACAACCAGUCUUCUCACAUCCAGAGGCAUAUUCAGGGAAAGAAAUUUCAAAGAGCCCUGCGAAAGUAUGAGGAAUGUCAGAGGAAUGGAGACACAUACAGGCCACGCAAAGACAGGAAUAUGGAUGACAGUUUUAGUAGUAAAAGUUCUUCAAACAAGAAAGGCUCAUGGAUGCAGGUAGAGUCCAGUGAGGAGGAGAGUGAGGUGGACAGCUUGAGUGAUUUAUAUCCAGGCCUGUCUGAUGUUAGUGAAGAAGAGCAGGGCAUUGAAGGCAACAGUGAUAUUGACCAGGGUGACUUGGAAUUUGAAAACCCAGAGGUGGUUAAAAAUGGCAGUAAUAAAAGACCACUUAAUGGAAAAACUUUAAGACCAGUUAAAAAAACAAAAAAGACAUACGGAAGCAUUCAAUGCCCAUCAAUAAAGAUAAAAGAAAAUGGGUAUAAACAAAGAUAUUCAUCUAAAGUAAAGAAAAGUUGAAAGAUGUGCUGUCAUGAAAGGGAUAUUUUUUGUUUUUUUUUAAAUUUUGUUGACAUAAUGUUGCUAGGUGUAAGUGUUUUUUUUUUCUAAAUAAUCGUUUAGCAUCGUAUCAUUUGAUGAUACACCAUCUUAAGGGAAAACUUUUCUUUACAAUAGUUUUGAAGAAAUUGAUUAUGAAUAGAGCUAUGAAUUCUGAAGGAAGUUUGUUUCUUGCAAUAGCUAAAAGAAAAGGAAUGAUGAAUGUUAAAAAGACAAAGAGAAAAAACUAUUUUGCCAAUAAAUAUGUAAAAUAUUCAA